UGCGCACCUGCAGUCGCCACCCGGACAAUUCUGCCUUUUCAUUUUCUUCUGUAUCAUUGGGAUCUCUGGCCCUUGAAGUUUGACUCGGGCUCAGCUGUGCCCGUCCAGCUCGACGCGAAGUCCGGAUUUUGGUUACGAAAACACCGGCAGGAAAUCAGACAGUAUUCUCAAUAAUCGAAUCUAUAUCCCGUCGUUCCUCAGUCACCUUUCCUGAUCCUUAGAAACCUAACAGACGACCAAGUUGUACGACCACAGACGAUCUUCCACAGCGCACCAGAAUCUUCUUCAAAAUCGCCUUAACCGUUCCUUUACCUCAUACUCGCACAUGUCACUCAGUCCAGUCGCAGCUUCUGCUGCUGCUGUCCUAAAUCUGAGCAAUGACGGCUUGCGUUCAGCCUCUCCCAGUGCUUCUCCACCCGCACUACCAGACGUUCUUUCCGAAUUCUCGUGCCAAUACCCAACAAUGUCAUCAUUGCCCUCUCCACCCCUUCUCACACCCGACCAAGUCUCAAGUGUUUCAUUCAAUGUUGACGUGAACGCUAUGCAGACACACUUGGAGAUCGACCCGUUUGCCCUCCAAGAAAUGGCAAUGGACAGUGCGAUGGUGCAGGAUUCCCAUCAACUUGACCCCUCGGCUACUCCUGCUGCUGCGUUUUCGAUAUCGUCAAGUCAACCAGAGUCGGCUUACAUCGCUUUCAAUUCGACGAUAACGCCUACUCUCGAGCAAGCAAUGACAAUCGAACUUCCCUCUUCCAGUACCUCGUCCUCAGUUUCCUCUCCAUUACCCAAUCAAAUUCAAAUCCCUUCUCCUUCGUUAUCAUCAAUACAUACAAAUGUUCCUUCUUACGGUGCUAAUGUAGGGGUCACCGCAACACCUUCAUCACUUCAGUCAGCUCUUUCCCUUGACCCGGCCGGAGGUGCUGCUGUAGGUGGCCUAACUUCUCCCAAUUUGGCUUCGAAUGUCGCUCCAGAUCGUGCAUCUGGAUCAUCCCGUGUUGGUUCCAUUAGUUUUCCUAUGGUACAAGACCUUGCGGUGAAAAAGGAAGACUCCGCGUUGAGCCUCGGAGGUUCGAUGUUGGAAGAGAUCGUUAAAUCGGCCUCAGCAGCAGCGUCCCUAUGUCGCUCUGGCAGGGGCGCGGAGGCCAGUAAAAUAGUGGGUGACUUGGGUGAGAAGCUUGCUUUUGUGUCUGAUGUCAUCUCUGGAAUGAGCGGUCUAACUGUGGGGGAAAACGGUGUAACACUGUCGCCUUCGUCCCAUUCCCCGCCUCAUCAGGUAUCCCAUGCCACUCCUUUACAUUCCUUUCCUCAUUUGCUAUCGCAAACCCCCGUCUUUACCACAAACUCUGAAUACUAUCCGCCCUCUCAUCCCCAGCAAGCGCCAAUCUUGAUUCCCAUACCAGAGUCAUCUCAGCUCAUAUUCUCAACCGGAACCGGUGUUACGCCUGAUCCGGACGUGAACGUUCCGCUUCCGCUAUCGGGCUCAGUGCAAGGAGGUACAUCGAUACCACCUUCGUUGUCUCAUACGUCAGCGUCAACACCUCCCGGGCAAGAGUCAUCGCGCAAACGAUGCGCUUCAGAAAUCGACGUCGGCCGACCGAUCAAGGCUUUGAAGGCGGAGCCUCAAGAAGACUUGCUGUAUAAUACGUCACAGCCUGGUGUUCCUCCCAAACACGCCAAUACCCUUCAAUCCCCCCCACCGUCCCGCCCCACCACACCGCCAUCAGUACAAACCGCAUUCGUUUUUAACCCUGUGAAAACUCCCCCGCAUUCACAAACCACACCUUACCCACCUUCAACACCCUCCUCUCAGUCGAGUUACGGAUAUAACUCAGCUACCGUAUCAACACCCGAUCUGACUGCGAAAGUCACUGCACCUGUCUUUCCCCGUAGCGCAUGGUCAGAAAGUGUUGUUCCUACGAUAGGGGGCCAGUCGAGGCAUAGUCAUUCAUUGUCCACGGGGUCCAUUACGACCCCCUCGUCUUCUGGUGCCGGAACCGGAGGCAGUAGUCCCGUUUCGCACACUGGUUCUACUUCGAGUGCGAGUGCCACUACCGCGGUGCAAACAUCGCCAUCCAGGUUCUCCGCUGGCGUGAAUGGAAGGAUCAAUGGGAGGAUGACCAGGAGUGGCUCGAUUGGGACUCUGGGCACACAUCCAUUUACGUAUACAUACCCCUCACCCAGCCAACUACAGCCCGUAAUUGGCUCCAGUCGCCUGGACACAACUGGUGGAGGAACUGGACCAGGUUCUGCGAGUUCAGCUCCUACGACUGCUAAGAAUUCUCCCGAGGAGACCCAUGAGGGUGACGACGGUGACGACGGUGAUGAUGAGGCCGGAAGGGGAGGUAGUACACAUGCUACUGGUUCAGGAUCCGAUGUACCUCAAGAGUAUCGAUCCGAAGUGGAUCGAAUCUUUUUCGAGUUCUUGAACAAGAUUUGCUCCAACCUGGAGGCGACCGAUGCAAAAGGCGAUCCGAUCCAUCAAACCCUAAUGCCCAAAAAAAUGCAGCGUCUAGACGAGUCGCCCGACUUCCGACCGUUCAAGUUUCGGAUACUAGCCUUUACUACCGCAUUCUUGGAGGAGUUGGCCAGGCAGGGAUAUCCAGAAGAGAAGAUACCCAUGAAGAAGAUCCGGAACUACCUUUGGCGUCAUCCAUAUAUCCAAAGAUACAAUGAGGACGGCAAAAAAGCCAAAUCCAAAGGCAAUUAUAUAUGGAAUGUCGAAGCUCGAAAAACCAACAACCUGAAUGGUCAAUGGGAGUUUCGGCCCUUCCAACGAAAAUUGGCGGGAAUCCCUCCUGUUAUUGCUUACUGCGGCUUGAAGUGGAGCUGGCAUCCACACAUCUGGGAUCCCCAAGCAAGCUUCGUUAGCGUUCCAGUACAUUAUAGUAGCCCAACUCUACCGUCAUGGUUAUCGUGGAAAGGGGAAGAAUUGAGUGGAACCCCUCCAGCGGGUGCGCAGAGUUGUGAUAUAAGAGUUGAUGCGAAGUUCAUUUUGGACGGACAGGAAGGCCAUCUAUCCUCAACUUUCCAUCUGAAUGUCGCUCCUAGAUCAUCUAUGGAUUCGGGUUAUAGUUUACCAAGGAGCCAGAGUGAUACACUGUUACACCAAGCUCCUAUGAGGGCUGCAGCUAGCAGAGCCGCUACCGCUCACAUUGCUCAUUCUCAUUCGCAUACUCAGCACACAACCCUUUCUUCAGUUUCCUCCCACCCUUCGCAUCCGGUACAUUCCACGAUUCCCUCUUCCCAUCCAUCUGUUGUUACCUCCAACUCCACCGAGAAUGCGCCCGCGCGAGUGGUCGAAGUCUUACAAAAUGUCGCUCAACGAGUCACAGAAGAGGCGGCUAACACAACGCAGAUACAGCAUCAAAUACACGCCACUCCUGUCACUCCCAGCGCCACAGCAAACGCCAACGCCGUGGCUAAUCACCUACAAGACCUUGUUAAACAAAAACACGCCGUUGAGCAAUCGCUCGUUGCAUACGAUCGUGCUUUGACCGGUCCUACACCACCAGAAACACACCGUCUUGCAGUGGCAGCGCAGCUAGUUGUUGCAGAGGCAGCGCAAAAUGUUAGCCCAGGUGGUGUCACGCCACUGGUGGCGAUCCAGACAGCUAGUGUUGGCGAUAUGACGGAUGGCGUACAAGAGGCGCUGGCCGUUGCAGUGCAGGCCGUCAAGAUGCAAAUCGCUGGUCACGCAAGUGAUUUGGAAGUCAUUGAAGUUACGAGGAGUUUGUUGGCCUCGAAAAAUUCAAGUGCAAAUGCAGCAACUGGUUCUGGUGCACCGAUGAAUGGUGUCAUCUCCACGGGGACCGCUAUUCAAUCUGGACAGGUGAAUAUGCCUUCAACAGGAACAAUGGCUGUACCGAAUCCGUAUCCGCCGGCAUAUCCGGUCUCGAGCUAUGUGUGAACUGACGAAGUUAAUUCCCCAAUUUCUCGCUUCCGUUUUCUUUGGUCUGGGAAUUACGCAAUAUAUUAUUUUUGUGUCUUCUUUGGGUUUCACGUUUUUUGUUCUGCAUUUUCUGGGUCCAUGGUUACUCUUGGGGACUUUUGUGUUAAAACAAACCACAUACAUUUAUAUUACGAUUUUUGUUGAACUAUGAUACUCCAGCAUAUACUUGACUUAGAGUCUGAUCGUAUCUUUCAGAGAGUCCCCUUCCUUCUCUCUUGCUCAUCGUGUUUUCAACGUUCUUGUUUUGGUUUUCGAACGUUUUCUACUUCACUUUUUUGGUGGUGAAACAAGGAGAGCGGCGUCACGUCUAUACUGUACAUUUCCUUUUCCAAUCUCUUCUUUCAUAUCCACAUGUAUCCCUUACCCAAUUAGUGUACUACUACCGCACGUACAUAGUACAAACUAAAUGAUGAAUUUCUUGAAUUCUU